AUGGCGGCCUCCGCUGGCCGGCUCGCUGCACGCUGGCUAGCAGGGUCUGUCUCCUCUUCCUCGGGGUGUUGUGGAGCCCGCCGCGGCUGUCAUCUCUCUGUCUCCACCGGACACGGAGGGCUGUGCCGGGUGCGGUGGCCGCAGACACCCCGGCCAGGAGCAGGGACCGGGGCAGCGGCAGCGGCGGGCUGGAGCUCCUGGGCACCGGGACGCACCGUGACAUUGAGGGUGCUGACCGGGGUGAAGUGUCCCCAUGGCGUUUCCUGCCGUCCGUUCCACUCCAGCAGCCCUCGAGCAAACAAAGAGGACUUCUACGGAGUUCUGGGUGUUUCCCGCACAGCCUCUCAGAAGGACAUCAAGAAGGCAUACUACCAGUUGGCAAAGAAGUACCACCCUGACACCAAUCCAGAUGACCCAGAUGCCAAAGAGAAGUUUGCUAAGCUGGCCGAGGCCUAUGAGGUUCUCAGUGACGAGGUGAAGAGGAAACAGUAUGACACAUACGGAGCCGCGGGCUUCGACCCCAACCGUGCGGGGGCGGGCCAGCAGCAGUACUACCGGGCCGGGACCACCAACAUUGACCCCGAAGCUCUCUUCAGGAAGAUCUUUGGCGAGUUCUCAGGAGGCAUGAACUUUGGAGACAUCAACAGCAUGUUCGAGCAAAGGCCUGAGUUUGUGAUGGAGCUCACCUUCACUGAAGCGGCAAAGGGAGCCAAUAAAGACCUGAGCGUGAACCUGGACGACGACUGUCCGCGGUGCGGCGGCAGCGGCAGCGAGCCCGGCACCAAAGUGUCUCUCUGCAACUUCUGCAACGGCACCGGCAUGGAGUCCAUCAACACCGGGCCGUUCGUGAUGCGCAGCGCGUGCCGGCGCUGCGGCGGGAAGGGACGCCUCGUCUACACGCCUUGCAUCGUCUGCCGAGGCUCCGGCCAGACCAAGCAGAGGCAGACGGUCACCGUGCCCGUCCCCGCCGGAGUGGAAAACGGGCAGAGAGUGAAAAUGUCGGUCGGGUCGAGAGAAAUCUUCAUCACGUUCAGGGUCCAGAGGAGCCCCGUGUUCCGGCGGAACGGAGCGGACAUCCACUCGGACAUGUUCAUCUCCAUCGGUCAGGCCGUGCUGGGAGGCAGCGCCACGGGCCAGGGCCUUCAUGAAACCAUCAGCUUAGUGAUUCCCGCCGGCUGCCAGGCUGACCAGGUGAUCCGGCUGCAGGGGAAAGGCAUCCGCAGGAUGAACAGCUACAGCUACGGAGAUCACUACGUCCACAUCAAGAUCAGAGUUCCCAAGAAGUUGACUCGCAGGCAGCGCUCGCUGCUGCUUAGCUUCGCAGAGGAGGAGACGGACGUUCAGGGAACCGUCAACGGAGUCACUCCAUCAGCAGCAGGGGGCAGCACAGCUUCAAGCUCAGAGGGACAGGACAAACAGCCGAAGGAGGAGGAGGAGGGAGGCUUCUUUUCCAAACUAAAGAAAAUGUUUAGCUGACACUCGGGCCGCAGGUAAAGAAACGAGUCGGUGAAGGAAGAAGAGGAACCUGCUGAAUGGAGCUCCACGUCGCCUCCCGAUGGUGCUGACACAGUCUGUCAGUGAUGAGGCUGCAGUGGGCGAACAGGCCGUCAUGUACACACACACACACACUCACACACACACACACACACACCGGGGAGAGAAGGCGGUGCCGCCUGUGUCAUUGUGGUGCAGACUCUCCUCCAGAUGUGCUCAGAGAGGAAGUCCUGAGUGAAGCCGGCGCUGCUGCAGCAGCUGGAUGAGAGGAAAACCGUAACGCCGGUCUGUUUCAUUUCUCAUCCUGUGACCGUUCCUUUCAGUCCCACGUCUUUGCGAUGAUUUUCUAAGCAGUUAAAAUGUGCAUGUUCUCCAUAAAUCAUCUCAAAGUGAGCAAAAUAUCAGAGGAUAUAAUUUAUUUUGUUUCAUGUUCCCUGCGUGCAAAAAGAAAUGUAACUGAAUUCACCUUUCAUAGAAAUAAAAUAUUUCUGCUCGA